CCUCCCCACGCCCACUCCCCAGUAGGCGGCCGUCGCGGUGUGUUUGCGUCAUCGCGCCACGCCACCACUGGAGCCCGGGGGAAGAUGGCGGCAGCCGUUCUGAGUGGGCCCUCUGCGGGCUCCGCGGCUGGGGUUCCUGGCGGGACCGGGGGUCUCUCGGCAGUGAACUCGGGCCCGCGGCUCCGCCUGCUGCUGCUGGAGAGUGUUUCUGGUUUGCUGCAACCUCGAACGGGGUCUGCCGUUGCUCCGGUGCAUCCCCCAAACCGCUCGGCCCCACAUUUGCCCGGGCUCAUGUGCCUAUUGCGGCUGCAUGGGUCGGUGGGCGGGGCCCAGAACCUUUCAGCUCUUGGGGCAUUGGUGAGUCUCAGUAAUGCACGUCUCAGUUCCAUCAAAACUCGGUUCGAGGGCCUGUGUCUGCUGUCCCUGCUGGUAGGGGAGAGUCCCACAGAGCUAUUCCAGCAGCACUGUGUGUCUUGGCUUCGGAGCAUUCAGCAGGUGUUACAGACCCAGGACCCGCCUGCCACAAUGGAGCUGGCUGUGGCUGUCCUGAGGGACCUCCUCCGAUAUGCAGCCCAGCUGCCUGCACUGUUCCGGGAUAUCUCCAUGAACCACCUCCCUGGCCUUCUCACCUCCCUGCUGGGCCUCAGGCCAGAGUGUGAGCAGUCAGCAUUGGAAGGAAUGAAGGCUUGUAUGACCUAUUUCCCUCGGGCUUGUGGUUCUCUCAAAGGCAAGCUGGCCUCAUUUUUUCUGUCUAGGGUGGAUGCCUUGAGCCCUCAGCUCCAACAGUUGGCCUGUGAGUGUUAUUCCCGGCUGCCCUCGUUAGGGGCUGGCUUUUCCCAAGGCCUGAAGCACACUGAGAGCUGGGAGCAGGAGCUACACAGUCUGCUGGCCUCACUGCACACCCUGCUGGGGGCCCUGUAUGAGGGAGCAGAGACCGCUCCUGUGCAGAACGAAGGCCCUGGGGUGGAGAUGCUGCUGUCCUCAGAAGAUGGCGAUGCGCAUGUCCUUCUCCGGCUUCGGCAGAGGUUUUCGGGACUGGCCCGCUGCCUAGGGCUCAUGCUCAGCUCUGAGUUUGGAGCUCCCGUGUCCGUCCCUGUGCAGGAAAUCCUGGAUUUUAUCUGCCGGACCCUCAGCGUCAGUAGCAAGAAUAUUAGCUUGCAUGGAGAUGGUCCCCUGCGGCUGCUGCUGCUGCCCUCUAUCCACCUUGAGGCCUUGGACCUGCUGUCUGCACUCAUCCUCGCAUGUGGAAGCCGGCUCUUGCGCUUUGGGAUCCUGAUCAGCCGCCUGCUUCCCCAGGUCCUCAAUUCCUGGAGCAUCGGUAGAGAUUCCCUCUCUCCCGGCCAGGAGAGGCCUUACAGCACGGUUCGGACCAAGGUGUACGCGGUGUUAGAGCUGUGGGUGCAGGUUUGUGGGGCCUCGGCGGGAAUGCUUCAGGGAGGAGCCUCUGGAGAGGCCCUGCUCACCCACCUGCUCAGUGACAUCUCACCGCCAGCUGAUGCCCUUAAGCUGCGUAGCCCGCGGGGGAGCCCUGAUGGGAGUUUGCAGACUGGGAAGCCCAGCGCCCCCAAGAAGCUAAAGCUGGAUGUGGGGGAAGCUAUGGCCCCGCCAAGCCACCGGAAAGGGGAUAGCAAUGCCAACAGUGAUGUGUGUGCGGCUGCACUCAAAGGCCUCAGCCGGACCAUCCUCAUGUGUGGACCUCUCAUCAAGGAGGAGACUCACAGGAGACUGCAUGAUCUGGUCCUCCCCCUGGUCAUGGGUGUCCAGCAGGGUGAGGUCCUAGGCAGCUCCCCGUACACGAGCUCCCGCUGCCGUCGUGAACUCUACUGCCUGCUGCUGGCACUGCUGCUGGCCCCUUCUCCUCGCUGCCCACCUCCUCUUGCCUGUGCCCUGCAAGCCUUCUCCCUCGGCCAGCGAGAAGAUAGCCUUGAGGUCUCCUCUUUCUGCUCGGAAGCACUGGUGACCUGUGCUGCUCUGACCCACCCCCGGGUUCCUCCCCUGCAGCCCAUGGGCCCCACCUGCCCCACACCUGCUCCAGUUCCCCCUCCUGAGGCCCCAUCGCCCUUCAGGGCCCCACCCUUCCAUCCUCCGGGCCCCAUGCCCUCCGUGGGCCCCAUGCCCUCAGCAGGGCCCAUGCCCUCAGCAGGACCCAUGCCUUCAGCAGGCCCUGUGCCCUCGGCACGCCCUGGACCUCCCACCACAGCCAACCACCUAGGCCUUUCUGUCUCAGGCCUAGUGUCUGUCCCUCCCCGGCUUCUUCCUGGCCCCGAGAACCACCGGGCAGGCUCAAAUGAGGACCCCAUCCUUGCCCCUAGUGGGACUCCCCCACCUGCUAUACCCCCAGAUGAAACUUUUGGGGGGAGAGUGCCCAGACCAGCAUUUGUCCACUAUGAUAAGGAGGAGGCAUCUGAUGUGGAGAUCUCCUUGGAAAGUGACUCUGAUGACAGCGUGGUGAUCGUGCCCGAGGGGCUUCCCCCCCUGCCACCCCCACCACCCUCAGGUGCCACACCACCCCCUAUAGCCCCCACUGGGCCACCAACAGCCUCCCCUCCUGUGCCAGCCAAGGAGGAGCCUGAAGAACUUCCUGCAGCCCCAGGGCCUCUCCCGCCACCCCCACCUCCGCCCCCGCCUGUUCCUGGUCCUGUGACGCUCCCUCCACCCCAGUUGGUCCCUGAAGGGACUCCUGGUGGGGGAGGACCCCCAGCCCUGGAAGAGGAUUUGACGGUUAUUAAUAUCAACAGCAGUGAUGAAGAGGAGGAGGAAGAGGAAGAAGAGGAAGAAGAAGAAGAGGAAGAAGAGGAAGAGGAAGAAGACUUUGAGGAAGAGGAAGAGGAUGAAGAGGAAUAUUUUGAAGAGGAAGAAGAGGAAGAAGAAGAGUUUGAAGAAGAGUUUGAGGAAGAAGAAGGUGAGUUAGAGGAAGAAGAAGAGGAGGAGGAUGAGGAGGAGGAAGAAGAAUUGGAAGAGGUGGAAGAGCUGGAGUUUGGCACAGCAGGAGGGGAGGUAGAAGAAGGUGGACCUCCACCCCCAACCCUGCCUCCAGCUCUGCCUCCCCCUGAGUCUCCCCCAAAGGUGCCGCCUGAGCCAGAACCAGAACCCGGGCUGCUGUUGGAAGUGGAGGAGCCAGGGGCAGAGGAGGAGCAUGGGGCUGACACAGCUCCCACCCUGGCCCCUGAAGUGCUCCCCUCCCAGGGAGAGGUGGAGAGGGAAGAGGGGAGCCCCUCGGCAGGCCCCCCUCCCCAAGAGCUUGUUGAAGAAGAGCCCUCUGCUCCCCCAACCCUGCUGGAAGAGGGAACUGAGGAUGGGGGUGACAGGGUACAGCCCCCACCAGAGACAUCUGCAGAGGAAGAGAUGGAGACAGAGACAGAGGCUGAAGCUCUCCAGGAAAAGGAGCAGGAUGACACAGCUGCCAUGCUGGCCGACUUCAUCGAUUGUCCCCCUGAUGAUGAGAAGCCACCGCCUCCCACAGAGCCUGACUCCUAGCCAUCUUCUGCACCCCACUCUUUGUUUCCAAUAAAGUUAUGUCGUUAGAUAGCGA